AUGAGGGAGAUGUAUUCUCGUUCUGCACAGAAGUUCGAAGAUCAGAUACUCACGGUGGAUGUCAAUAUCGAGCAAGACGAUCUUAGCAUCAGUGAGCGUCAUGCAAAGAGUUAUCUGGCUGUCGAUGACCGCCUUGAAUAUGCUCCAAUUCAGACGAUCAUGAACAGAUUCUCCAAUGACCUCUUCAUUGAAUGGACUUACACCAUAGACCUUGACCGGGAGAUGUUCGCUGUUGAUGAUGCCGCAUGCUUCAAGCUGUUCAAUAUACCCCACGGGGGACGGUGGAUCCGAUAUCUCGCUGAGGACGCCCGGCGGCGCAGAAAGCUGAGUGACAAUACACCCAAGGAUAUCAUUGCUGAUAUCUCCUGGGAACCAAACAUCGAUCCUAACUUGAAGGUUUUGGGAGAAGCUCUCAACAUUGAACUUCUCUCGCUUACCGAUUUUGCUGCUGAAACUAUGCUCCCCUUGGGCUUGGAUGCCGCCUCACCCUCCACUGCUGUCAAACAAAUGAUGCCUGUCCGCAUCAACUUUCUGAUGACCACGUUUUUGCAGAUGUGUAGGGUGUAUCGGAAGGUUCUUGAUCGCUUUGUCCUUGGUUGGGAGCCCAGCUGUUUUAUGUUCAGGGAAAUGGCGUUCGCUGUGCUGUCGCUCGCAGCUGGAGAAGUGUUCUUCGAAUACCCUCAAGUCCUCGAUGCGAAGUAUAGGACAAAUGGCUAUUACCUGCUUCCGAAUUCCAGGACUCCAAAAUGCCAUACGAGGAUGCUCCCGCGAUUCAUACAUGAGAGUCACCUUCCUGGCAUCGAGCCUGGAUCAGCACCGAAAAGCACUAGCUUCUGGUUUCACAACGUUCUCGUUCUUCUCAAUUCUAGACUUGAUUUAGAUGAUGUCGAAGAAGCAUCAGUGGUAGCGGUAGUGAAUGAUGGACUCGGUCAAGGAUACGAAGAGUUCUAUGCCAUGGUACUCUCUAUUCUAGACGUUGUUCUGAUCCGCGUGCAGAAGGGACGUGACGGAAAGCCAUAUAUCAGAAGGUCUUCUCUCAUGGCUCUGUUUGAGUUUACUGGCGAGAACUCUGAAUAUGCUCAUGGCCCUCGUACUCAUCGGUCUCAGUCCCAGCAGGGUCUCAACAAACUAGGCAGUCACGACACCAAACCGAAAGACACAUCCCUAGGAGAGGACGAUGCUUCAGAACAGGACGGUGCUGCUUCCGGUAUAUCAGCGGAUCCAGCGGCAACGGGUUAUUUCGCCUUCAUGCUGAUGUAUCACUUCUUCAAUGCAGCUGCAGCUGAGAGGCUUGCUGGUACGAAGUCUCUUCUGUUUCCCAACGAGAUCUUGUCCUUGAUCAUGGACUUUUCGGAUAUGCGUACGUAUUUGGCCCUUGCACAAUCAUCUGCUUUCUGCCACGAGAUAAGCCGUCGCAAGCUCCGGCUGAACGAUGAAUACGCUGUGAUUGGGAGUGGCGAAGACUCUGAGACCUUUGUCCUAGAAGACUUGCAUUCAGGGAAGAAGAUCCAUUCUAAGCUCACCAUGUACCAAGAGGAUUGGCUUGGCCGCGCAAUUACAGAUGGGCUCAAAUUGAGUCCUGUUAUAGGCGUCGCAAAUACAGACAGACUCAGUAUCAUGGAUGACGUGGCCAUUCAAUUAUCGGACGUGACGCCAAAGGAUCCAGUGUGGUCUGAGGCAGAAGAAGGCCCUUCGCGAGAACAGUACGGCUGGUCUUUCCCUCCGAACGAGAGAGAUGGUGACUUGAUUUUCAGUCUGCCUAGUUAUGCGUAUCUCGGUGCUGUCGAGAACGCCUGGGGACAAUACCUGUCCAAGCUAGCAAGAGACGCUGGUGAUCCCCACUCAAGGUUCUUCAGUACUAUGCUCCGCAACAGACUGUACCGCUGUCUUCUGCCUCCUGGAUACCGUGAAUUAGGGAUGGAGCCCUUCCAGUGCAGCGGUUUUCACGCAUUCUUCCGCCACGAGCGUGACGAAACUCCAGAAGAGUGGGAACGGACACUUCAGUAUGUCGUUCGCCAGCUUUCCAAGCUUGAAGCCCGCCCCAGAGAUAGGUUCCAGAGAUGGGGCCAUCCCGUCAUUGUGGCCUUUUCGACAAAAGCCAAACUGUUCUAUUAUGUCUUUCAUCGUGAGGUCAAGCCUGCGAUUUGCUCGAAUGCGACAUCAUACACGGUUGAAAUCGCUGAGAAGUGCACUGACCCGAAUCCUGGCAGUCGGCUUGUCCAGCUCAUUACCGGAGAAGAUCCAAUCGAUCUAAAAGACAAUAAUGGCAGGAUGAAGUUUGAAAGCUGGAUCACAUUCCUCUGUAAAAACAGCUCACUACAAUACAAUCCAUACACCGAACAGUUUGAGCGGGAGGCUGAGGUGGAUGGUGGAGAGGACAAUGAAGAGGACAAUGAAGAGGACAAUGAAGAGGACAAUGAAGAGGACAAUGAAGAGGACAAUGAAGAGGACAAUGAAGAGGACAAUGAAGAGGACAAUGAAGAGGACAAUGAAGAGGACAAUGAAGAGGACAAUGAAGAGGACAAUGAAGAGGACAAUGGCGAAGACGAUGAAGGGCACGAAGGUUAG